AUGUGGAACUCCACAGUGGAGUUUUUAGGAAACAUUAGGUCAGGGUGCUCAAUAGCGGUCUUUACUAUUGAGUCAAUACACCAUGGUUGGGAUACCAUCCCUGUUGAGGGUUUCAAGUAUAGUAGCUCGUCUUCAGCUACGGACAACAUGGUUAGAUAUGGUGUACAACCAAGGUUUUUGGAGGUGUAUACAGAUAGAGCUUCACAUUAUAGAAAUGAAGUGCUUAUGGUGUGGCAUAGAAGCUCCUCACUCACUAAAGAUUUUUCGGAAUUAUUUCUGACAGCUACCAGUGAGGUUAGAAAGGGUAAAUCGUCUGGUAAUUUACCUACCCGCAAUAGCACUGCCACAAUAGGAGUGAUCUGGGUUCAUGGCCUAUAUGAAUCUACAGAGCCUCCUAUUCACAGAUGA